CGAUCAAAUUUUGCAGAAUCUGCGCUCCAUAUCCUUAGCAUCAAAUCCGACUACCGCCUUGCCGAAUCGUCGACUUACAUUUUCAGCGGCUUUACUGUCGGGCAGAUCAAGAACCUGGGCGCCUUUCCAGACUAUGCGCAACUCUCUGGAGUACCUCUGCCUGGUGCGUUGAAAGAUUUUUGCAUUGAAAAUGCAAGGCCACGGCCGUAUAGGCCCUUCCGAUGGCCAUACCACCAAACAAUGUCAUUCCAGAAGAUGGAUCCUAAUUACUGGCUGGAGCUUGAAAGCAGCUAUUGUGAGCGCAUAAAGCAACGCCGUGCCCUUGUACACGAGCAUGGCAAAAGUGUUAUGCAGUGCUUGCCCGGGUCCGAGUUGGCUUGUAAGGAGCUGAUGGAAAUGGCUGUACAAUUCCUCUGUGCGAGAUACCCGUCACACUUUCAACUCGAUAAGAAUCGUAUCCUGAGGAACCGCAUUCUGCAUGUCGAAUACGACGUUGUGAAAGAAGACCCUCUCGACGUUUUGCUCAACAACGUCCCCGAGGAUUUCGCCAUCAUGUUGAGAGAUGAUGUUACUGGGCGGUAUCAGUUCCGAGCUGGCAUUAUAUGCUCGUCACUUGGGUGGAAUCUUGAUAACAAGAUUGGCCAAGGCCUCAGUGCGAUCCAUGAGCCAGUGCCAAAGUAUCAAGAGAAGAUGGAAUUCAGCGUUGACCGGUUUUUCACCAAGUUGCCCACCGACAGUCCCAUCCAGCGAGGCUCAUGGAGUCUUGAGGUAGGCCAACCGCUGUACAUGCCUCGCACCGAUCCUCACAUGCGCCUGCGCGAAACCCAGGAUCGCAACCUCGGACCACAAGAUGUCUUUCUUCGAGUCGAUUGGCAGACACUUCGCCGGCUACCGCUGUCAGGGGCCGUGGUUUUCAAUUUCAAGGCUCUGUUCACGUCUCUUACUGUCUUGGAGGAUGAGCCUUACAUUCCAGCUCUACUUUAUAAGGUUCUCAGUGAUGGUGAGGAGGCAUUGCUAAAGUAUAAAUCAAUCUGGCAUGUGGAGCAUGUUGUAAAACCUACACUCGAAAAAUACAAAGACGAGCAGGUUGCAAGAGGACUGGCGGAAGCAGACUGGCACCCUCGGACGCUGGAUGAAAGCCCGUUUUACCCAGGAUGGGAUCAGGCCGAUAUAUCGUCGUCGGGCCGAGCGUAG